AUGGCACCCCCCAACGGCACCGACGCAAACGGCUCUACCCGCCGUCCACUCACUCGCGGCAUCUACGUCCCGACUGUCGCCUUCUUCACGGCGGACGAGGAGGUGGACGUGGCGACGACGGCAUCCCACGCCACCCGGCUGGCCGCCACAGGCAUCGCAGGCAUCGUCUGCCAGGGCUCCAACGGCGAGGCGGUGCACCUGGACCGGGACGAGCGGAAGCUGAUCGUGCGCACGACGCGCGACGCCCUGGACGCUGCCGGCGCCCAGUCUCUCCCCGUCAUCGCGGGCGCCGGAGCCCAGAGCACGCGCGAGACGAUCCAGCACUGCCGCGACGCCGCCGAGGCCGGGGCCGACUACGCCAUCGUCCUCCCGCCCGCCUACUACGGCAGCCUGCUCACCACCAAGCACAUCGUCGACCACUUCCUCGCCGUGGCCGACGCCUCGCCGCUCCCGCUCCUCGUCUACAACUUCCCGGGGGCCUGUUCGGGCCUGGACCUGUCCAGCGACACGGUCCUCGCCAUCGCCGAGCACCGCAACGUCGUCGGCGUGAAGCUGACGUGCGGCAACACGGGCAAGCUGGCGCGCGUCGUCGCCGGUGCCAAGCCGGGCUUCUUCACCUUUGGCGGCAGCGUCGACUUCACCAUCCAGACGCUGGCCGUCGGCGGCCACGGCAUCAUCGGCGGCACGGCCAACGUCGCCCCGCUGGCCUGCGUGCGCCUCAUGAAGCUCUGGGACGACGGCAAGGCCGACGAGGCCCGCGCGCUCCAGGCCGUCGUGGCCAGGGGGGACUGGACCGCCAUCCAGGGCGGGUUCGUCAGCGUCAAGGCCGCGCUGGAAAAGUACAACGGCUACGGCGGCAAGCCGAGGUUGCCGUGUGUGCUGCUCGAGGGUGCUGCGCUGACCAAGCAGGUCGACGGCUUCGCGGAGCUGGUGGCUGCCGAGAGGGAUUUGGAGGCUAAGAAGUGA